AUGGCUUCUUCUACGUCAACAAUUAAGGAACAAACAAGUUUGGGACUCUCUCAAAGAAUGGUUAGUGCGAUGGCAGGAUCUUUGGUAACUGCCUUACUAGUUACACCAUUGGAUGUGGUUCGUAUUAGACUUCAGCAGCAGCAUUUACUACCAGAAUGCACAUGUGUAAAUCCUACAAUAAUAGAUCCACCUGUAGUUAAAAAUAUACGGCCAGUAACAAAUUUAGCUUCAAUAGGUCCAUCGAAUGCUAUUUUUCCUUCUGUGUCGACGAGCACAUUUAAUGAUGCAAUUACAGCUGGGAAAUUAUUCUGGGAAGCCCCUUGUUUUAAAGAUUUAGGUUGUACAAAAGUAUCAUCACAUUAUCGUGGAACCUGGUCUGCUGUUCAAGGAAUUGCACGCUCCGAGGGUACGUUAGCUCUUUGGCGUGGCUUAUCAUUAACUCUCGUAAUGGCAGUUCCUGCAAAUGUUGUGUAUUAUGCAGGCUAUGAAUAUGUAAGAGAUUGGUCUCCUUUGGGGCAAUCUUAUCCUACAUUAAAUCCUGCAUUAUGUGGUGCUUCGGCUAGAGUACUUGCUGCUACUUGCAUUGCACCACUAGAGCUAUUAAAGACUAGGCUACAAAGCGUGCCAAAGGCACAAAAGAGUCAUUUAACUAACCUCCCACAAAAUAAUAAAAGUAUUGUGGGAAGUCGUCAAUUCGACCUGUUUAAAGAUUUAUUAAAAGAAACAGGGAGAGAAUUGCGUGUUGAAGGACCAACGGCAUUAUUUCGAGGGUUAACUAUUACUCUAUGGAGAGACGUACCAUUUAGUGCAAUAUAUUGGGCCUCGUAUGAAAAAUUUAAAAAACUGUUAAGCAUGCAACAAUGUACUAUUAACACUGGUAGAACUAAUUACACUGAGUGUCCAGGAAAUGGCAAUAAUAGCCAAGGUAGUGUUGGUUGUUUCCUAAAAAGUUUCUUGGGUGGUUGCAUAAGUGGCUCAAUAGCAGCUUUGUUCACUCAUCCUUUCGAUGUUGGUAAAACAAGAAUGCAGAUUGUGCUAAAUAGUCCAACCGCGGUUUCUUCUGCCACUAAAGCAACCAACAAUAAUAUGUUUCUUUUCUUAUGGAGUAUUAAGAAAACAGAAGGUUUCAGUGCCUUGUUUACUGGGUUGGUGCCCAGAUUAUUAAAAAUUGCUCCAAGUUGUGCUAUUAUGAUUUCAACUUAUGAAGUCUCAAAAAAAAUAUUGGGAAUUGAAACUUAA